AUGCAAGGCCAACCUCAGUAUCACGACUCGUCGGAGUAUCCUCGUCCGGAUUUCCAGCGCACCGGGUCACGCUGGCUGUCACUCAACGGCCCUUGGGACUUUCUCUUUGACGAUGACGAUGUUGGCUUAAGCUUGCGAUGGCAGCAGUCUGGUUUGCCUGCUCAAAUAUCUGUCAAGAAGACGUUGAAGAAGAGCGAGUCUGGAAACCAGUCUGAAAGCGACACUAUCACUCAGCGCAUUGCGGCCGGGACACAAAAUCUACUCAAAGAUAACCUCUUUACACGAGACUCUUCGGGGAAAAUUAAUCACAAGCGUCCAAUUGCUGUCCCUUUCGUCUUCCAGUGUCCUGCGUCGGGCAUUAAUGAGCGUGGCAUCCACGAGGUGCUCUGGUAUGAGCGGACUAUCUCAGACUUGCGGGACAAAACCGAACGGCAAGAGGGCCGGCGUCUACUACUUAGAUUUGGUGCUGUGGACUAUGAGGCCUCUGUUUGGGUCGACGGAAGUUUUGUCGGUAGCCACAGGGGAGGCCACGUCCCGUUCCAGCUUGACAUUACGGAUGCUGUCGAUGCAAAUACUAGUGGCGAUCAUCGAUUGACAGUGCGUGUCUUUGACUCAGCUUAUGAUUUGACUCAGCCGCGAGGGAAGCAAUAUUGGGGUGCCCAGCCGGAGAGCAUCUUUUAUACUCCCUCUGGGGGAAUUUGGCAGUCCGUAUGGCUAGAGGUUGUGCCUACAGCACGAAUCGCGGAUAGUAGCUACGGAACUGUAAUCCGAUCGAAUGAUAUCCAUACUGGGGCGAUUCAUUUCGAGAUUGCAACACAGGGUUUACAGGCAAGCCGUGGAUACGUCGUCGAAGCAGAGGUCAAUUUUGGGGGCCAACUAGUCUCCAAAUCUCCCAAAGUUGACAUUAAAGAAGGAUCGGGUAGGUUCAACUUGAGCGCCCGUCUCUCAAAAGAGUGUGUUUCUGCUCUUCCCGGGUCGACACUGAAGGAUGCACCUUUGGGUGACGUUUCUUGCUGGCGAGAUGGCGUUGCACUCUGGUCGCCAGAGCAUCCUCAGCUAUACAAUCUGACAGUUAGAUUGUUUGAUUCAUUUUCCGGCAGGGAGGUGGACGAAAUCAAAACAGUAACAGGAAUGCGCUCGAUACAAUGGUCCAACGGCGACGGCCUGUGGAGGCUUAAUGAUGCUCCUUACUUUCAGAUGCUGAACCUGGAUCAAGGCUACUGGCCAAACUCGUUCCUCACUCCAGAGUUCGACUACAGUCUGGAGGUGGAUAUUGAUUGUGCAAAGAAGAUGGGCUUCAACGGCUGUCGGAAGCAUCAAAAGGUUGAAGAUCCCCGCGGAGAAUAUGUCGACCGUUUCAACCAGGAGUGGACUGAAUCUGUGAAACUGGCAAUCAACCAUCCCUCGGUGGUGACUUGGACACCAGUUAACGAGAGCUGGGCAUAUACAUCACUCAAGGAUAACGCCGAGCAGCGCAACCACAUACGCUCUCUCUAUUACUUGACCAAGACGUUGGAUCCCACCCGCAGCAUCAACGACAACUGCGGCUGGGAACACGUUUGUACCGACCUCUCCACCUUUCACGAUUACAGCGACGGCCCAGAGCUGGAGAAGACUUGCGCGGAUUUAGAUGCCAUUCUCGGACCCAAAGCUGGACGAGACCUUUUCGUCGGCGAAAUCCCCAAUGUCGACAAGGGCACCCGCCACACCCCUGGAGCUCCCAUCAUAUGCUCAGAGUGCGGCGGCAUCAACAUUGCACUGGCCAAGAAAGACGACAGCGAGGAAUCGCGGGAUUGGGGCUACACCACUGCGGCAGAUCCCGAAGAUCUCUUGAAGAGGGUCGAGAAGGUUGUCAAGGGUGUUGCGGGUGGAGGGUAUUGCUGCGGGUUUGUAUACACACAGCUGACGGAUAUUGAACAAGAGACAAACGGGCUGUAUACAUUUAGUCGACGAGAAAAGCUGGAUCCGGCAAAAGUCAAGGCUGUUAUGGAAGAGGCGGCGCAGAUGUUUUACAAGAGGGUCAAAGAGUAA